AGUCUUGAGUGUCUCUUAAGGAUGCAGUAGUUCCUGCUACACUUUCAGCUGGCCUUUGCUGCGUGUGGACAGUGGAUUAUCUUGGCAGUGCCCGGAACCUUAAGUAUUACUGGCAUCACAGUGAUACUAAAGGAUACUGCCACCACCAUGGAGGGGAUUGUGACUAUGUAUCAGGACUUCAUGAAGAAAGCAGACCCCCGCAUCGCUGAUUAUCCACUGAUGCAGUCCCCAUUCCUUGUGAUGGGCAUCCUUCUGGGAUAUGUCUACUUUGUCUUAUCCUUGGGUCCCCGGCUAAUGGCUAACAGGAAGCCUUUAAACCUGAAGAAGUUCAUGGUGCUAUACAACUUCUUUCUGGUGGGACUCUCCCUUUACAUAGUCUAUGAGUUCCUGAUGGCAGGGUGGCUUACUGGGUACACCUGGCGAUGUGACCCUGUGGACUUCUCACAGGACCCCAAGGCCCUCAGGAUGGUCAGUGUUGCUUGGCUCUUUGUUUUCUCCAAAUUCAUCGAACUAACAGACACGGUGAUCUUUGUCCUGCGGAAGAAGAAUGAACAGGUCACAUUCCUGCACCUUUUCCACCACUCUGUUCUGCCAUGGAGCUGGUGGUGGGGAGCAAAGUUUGGUCCAGGGGGAAUGGGCUCAUUCCACGCCAUGAUCAAUUCCAUGGUGCAUGUUGUCAUGUAUUUCUACUAUGGGCUCUCAGCAGCAGGACCUGCCUUUCAGAAGUACCUGUGGUGGAAGAAGCAUAUCACAGCCAUCCAGCUGGCACAGUUUGUGAUUGUCUCCGUCCACAUCUCCCAGUAUUACUUCAUGCCCAACUGCCAAUACCAGUUCCCCAUCUUCAUUCACCUUAUCUGGAUUUAUGGGACCAUCUUCUUCAUCCUCUUCUCCAACUUUUGGUACCAGUCCUACACCAAGGGCAAGCGGUUGCCCAGGGUGGCUCAACAAGCAGCCCAGCACAACGGUAGCAGCAUCCAUGAAAAUGGCACUGUCACCAAUGGCAAGGUCAAAGCCAAUUAGAGGGUAAAGUGCUCCCAGAGCCAAUGAGAGCCCCGGGGCAGAGGCAGCUGGGACCUGUCCCUCUGCUCCUGGGUGCCACUAGCCAAGUCAAGUGCCUACAGACUGUUGUACCCCUGUGCCCAGUCCUGCUGUCCCCUGUCUGCAUGCUCAGCCCCUCUGCUCUGAGCAGCCAUGUGCCACUUCUACUCCUGGGAGGGCUUGUGCUGUUUCUCAGUGUUGCUGAGCAGAGAGGCAGCUGCCUGCAUCACAGCUGUGGGACUGCAAUCCCAUUCCAGUGUUUCCAAAGGAACUUUCCCCAAGUGCCUACAUCUGGCUCUUCUGCCUAGGGGCCAUUUCCUUCUGAGUAGGACCAAAAGAAGAGACUGCUUCCUGUCCUGGUGCCCUCUGCUCUUCCCUGUCUCGCAAGAGCUUGUGGGGAUAAGCAGAUUUGUCCCUGGCUGCUUGUUACUGCCAGCUCAUGUGUGAGUGCUCCUGCUCUACAAUGCCUUGUGCCACUUUGUUCCAUGCCACAGUGCUGCAUGUCCCUUCUGGUCCCUGUGUGCCCACCUUGAGAGUCCUGCCCUGGCAUAUCUGUGCCGAGGUGUCUGUGGAGAACGUAGGGGCAGUACUUAUGGGACUUAAGGGCCCAGACCUGCCCAGUACGGUACACACGCCCUGUGCCGAAUACAUAGAAGGGGCUGUGAAAGCCUGAAAGGCUUCCCCCACAUGGUUAGCCCAGGCUGCCUUGCUGUUCUUGUGCCUGGGCUGGGUGCUCUGUGUGUGCUUAAGCCACACUUACCUGAUCCUCUGUGGCAGCUGGUGCCUUGCUCCAGAGUGGGGGUGACCAAGCUCAACCUAGUCUUGGACCACUUCCAUUCCUGUAAAUUCAAGACUUGAGCAAUAAGUGCCCCUUAAAUCAGCUCCUGGGCUCUCCUGGUUGGGACCAGUCCUGGUAGAGGGUGGUUUUAGUGUGCUAGGCUGUGGUGCAAGAGUGAGCACCUGUUGCCUCUGUGGAUCUGACUGGGCCUGUGUGAAGAUGUGCUCUGCCCUUCAGCAGGGCAAUGCAGCAGCUCUCCUGGCCUGGUGCCUGUCACCUGCUCUGGCUGUAACCAAAACAUGCUGAUGGCCUUGAGGAUGAGGUGAAGGAGCCAGGCCCUGUCAGAUUGGGCUGCUCUUCUAUCACAAAUAAACCAACAGAAGGAGAAA